AUGCCCGACGACGAAAGCCCUCACAGCAGCAGCACGAGCCACAGCGACCAUGACAAUAUCUACGCCGCCUUCCACGGCCUACCCGGCCCACACAUAACCAUUUCAGAGCUGUGCGCUCAGCUGUCGUUUAUCUUAGCGAGCACGCCAAACGCCGGCGGCGCUGCUGCUCGGGAGACUUUCAUGGAUCGCUUUGAUUCCGAGUGGGCCGAACUCCUCUCCCACUUCGCGCGAAGAUGGCUCAAGCAACCGAUCUGGGAACUCUAUCUGGCUGGAUACAACACCAGCCGCUUUCGGGGUAAUAUGGAGGAGACGACGACUGGCAGGCACGAGAACCAGCCGUAUGAAUCUACCCCGCUGGAGAAGAGUGGCGUUGACUUGGACGGUUUCAACCACACCUUUGAUAACGAGACGGCGCUGCGCCUGCUCGCUAUUGCUGACCCGUCAUUUCCCAAGCUCUUGCCCCUCGCUGCCAACAUGACUCGCCGGCUACACACCAUCCAAGCCCAUGCCAGGACCGCAGCGGAAUCCAUAGCCCUGAUAUCCAGCAUCGUCCCACAGGAUCUACGCUCCCAGGCGGCCGCAAGUGGCGGGGACGAAUCGCGCGACCGCCUUGCGAGGUGGUGGACCGGCGGCUUCGAUUUCCACAGGUGGUGGACCGGCGACGAGACGGCCGGCGGGUAUAGCUCGGCGGCGACGCGACGCGCCGUCGGCGACAUGGCUCGGCUGCAGCGCGUCCUGGAGGCGGCCCGGGCCGGCGUGGCCGAAACUUCCUUGUCGGCCCAGAAGAAAAAGAGGCCCAAGACGAGAGGUGGAGGGUCCGACGCGACGGCAGCGUGGGUGACCCUGGGAUGGAGGGCAGACUGCGGAGGAUGCAAUAGGGACGGGCCGCCUCACACCGACAGCAGAGUGGUUGUUGCCGCCGCCACCCCGGUUGUCGUGGCGUACUUUGUGCCGUCUGCGAACACGCUCUUCCAGGGCAUGGAGGAGGCGUACUGGCUGCUGUCGGCUAAGAAGGCGUCGGCGAUCCGCCGGCGGGAAGCCACGCUUGCGGAACAGGAAGAGGCGUCGCGACUAGCCUGGCGCAAGUAUGACCUCGAGCACGGAGGAGGAGGAGGAGGAGCGGCGGACGACGAGGAGGACUACAUUGAUGUGCAUGCCGACGAGGAAGGAACCAGGACGUGCCUGACGCGGGACGAGGUCGGGGCCAGGGUUCGUACUAGGCUUCGCAGUGACUGGUCGCCCAAAAUGCUCUUUGGCAUAGCCCCAGGCCGUGACUGA